GGGAGGCUCUUAUGUUUACAUCAAUGCGUGCACUGCAAGAGCGGUUGUGAACUGUGUAUUCUAGCGUCAUUUAAAAGUUUCGCUUUCAUUUCUUUGGAAAUCUUCAACUGCAACUUUGCAAAUCGAAACAUUAAAGAGAUACAACAGGGAAACGACGUUACCGGGGGAUCCAGGACCAGAGCUUUGCACGCACCCAGUGUUUUUAGCAAACCAGCUAAGUUAGCAUUACAUUAGCUUGCUUAGCAUAGGCGUCAUGGACGAGCUAGCGGUUGAAGUCAGGGGGACGAGUGGGGCUUUUUACAAGGCCUAUUUGAAGGAUGUUCUUGAAAGUGCUGUCACUGUCUCCUUUGAAAACAAUUGGCAGCCAGAGCGUCAAAUUCCCUUCCAUGAUGUUCGAUUUCCUCCACCCACAGGUUUUCAGAAAGAGAUAAACGAGAGUGAUGAAGUUGAGGUAUGUGCUGUUUAUUCUAGGGCCAAUGACAAAGAACCAUGUGGGUGGUGGCUGGCGACAGUUCGGAUGGUGAAGGGUGAGUUUUAUGUCAUAGAGUAUACCGCUUGUGAUGCCACGCUAAAUGAAAUAGUCACAUUAGAGAGGUUACGACCUGUGAAUCCAAACAAGCCAGCUACAAAAAACUCCUUCCUGAAAAUUCAUCUGGAUGUCCCAGAGGACUUGCGGCAAAUGUGUUUAAAAGACUCGCAUAAAGAUUUUAAGAAGGCGUUGGGAGCAUUCAAUGUCACUUAUGACUCAGACAAAAAGCAGCUUGUUAUUCUGUCCGUGAAUGAGGUUACAACCAAAAGGGUGCAGAUGCUGAGCGACAUGCAUUUCCGGAGCCUGCGCACCAAGCUGUCCCUAAUGCAGAGGAACGAGGAGGCUAGCCGCCAACUGGAAAGCUCUCGGCAGCUGGCGUCCAGGUUCCAUGAACAGUUUGUGGUCCGGGAUGAUCUGAUGGGGCUGGCCAUUGGGACCCACGGUGCCAACAUCCAGCAGGCCAGGAAAGUACCUGGGGUCACCACUAUAGACCUGGAUGAAGAGACCUGCACCUUCCACAUCUAUGGAGAGGACCAAGAGGCUGUCCGCAAGGCUAGGAGCUUCUUGGAGUUUUCUGAAGAUGUCAUCAAAGUACCAAGGAAUUUAGUGGGGAAAGUCAUUGGGAAAAAUGGGAAGCUGAUCCAGGAAGUGGUGGAUAAAUCUGGUGUUGUUAGAGUUCGGAUUGAGGCAGAGAACAACAAGAAGCCACCUCCAUUGGAUGAGGGCAUGGUGCCGUUUGUCUUUGUGGGGACAAAGGAGAGCAUCUCCAAUGCUAAAGUACUGUUGGACUAUCAUCUCAACUAUCUGAAGGAAGUGGACCAGCUCCGUAUGGAGCGACUGCAGAUAGACGAGCAGCUGAGGCAGAUUGGGGGAGGGGGCCCCAGGGGGGGCCCAGGGACUGGACGGCCUGACAACAAGACCUUCAUCGUAGACAACGGCAGCCUGGGGAUGAUGGGCAUGGGCUCCCAGAGAGGAGGGAAGCCAUUCGGCAGGGGAGGAGGCCGUGGCCGACGCGGUGGUCCCUCUUUAGCCUCAGGCACCAACUCUGAGGCUUCCAAUGCCUCUGAGACUGAGUCGGACCACAAGGACGAGCUGAGUGACUGGUCUCUGGCCCCCACUGAGGAGCUGACUGGGGGCUUCCCCAAACGACCCGAUACACGCAAGAGAGGAGGGCCUCGUGGACGGGGAGGGAGAGGAAGAGGGGGAGGCUUCAAAGUAGCUGAAGACAUCCAGUGGACUGAGUCACGCUCACGGAAUACCAGAGACCCUAAGCUGAGGCCUCUGGAAGAUUCUUUGCAGAUCAGAGUGGACGGUAACAAUGAGAGGAGUGUUCAUGCUGCAGCCAGAGGCCCUGCAGGCGAUGGACCCGGCCCUGGAGCCAACCGACAGAGACCCAUAAAAGAGCGACCUAUCAAGAAGGAUAACCAGGAAAGCCCUGGUGGUGAAGCCACCGCCAUAAGCCUGGCGAUGGUGAAUGGGGUGUCGUAGAUGGGGCCAACUGAAGGCACCCUCAUCUCUCUCACCACACCAUCAAUCCAGAAGCUUCUUCAUUAGAGACACGUUAGGCCAAAGAGGAGCAGGUCAGGGCUAAAAUGAAGCACACUUUGGACAAACCAACUCCAGCGGCAGGUGGAUGAGGUGUUGGGUGGGUUACUGUGUACAGGGAAGGAGCCAUCUAGGGUUUAACAGGAGAAGGCAAACGGCGACUGCAGUCUUUUUCUAAUUGACAUUGUUGACAACUACCUAUCAGAUGAUUUAAAAGCUGUGGAAAGAAAAAUGUGUUUAAAACAAAGAGGGGCCAACCUGAUGAAUCUAUUUCUUAAAGGAUAUGGUUUUCUAUCGCUUGUUCAUGUACUAGCCUUUUCUCCGGAUAGAGGGUUGGAUUGUUUGGUCCUUCCUGCCUUCUCUCUCUCAUGGCAUGUUUUAUGGAGCCCUGUGUCACAGUGGAAUAUAGAACUCAUUAUCAUGUGAGGUCACAGCUGCAUCAUUAGCGAAAAAAACCAUAACAUAAAAAGAACCCCCCUCCUGUCUGAUCUGUGCCUUUAUCUCCUGUGGAUAGUAUCACAAAUAGAAAUUGAAAUCAGGGAAGAAGACGACAUUGGGAAAAUGGUAAUGGAUUUUACUUGUGUGUAGUGAACACACAGCUCACCAUCUAAAAAAUGAGAACUGUCUUUUAAAACCUUGCAAUGCAUGUUCAUUAUCAUAGGUUUCCACAUCGGGGAAGUCAGCAAUCUGAGUUGUCACUUUGUUUCUGUUUCCUUGUGCUGAAUAUUGCUUGAAUAGGGAUGAUGAUGAUUGACUUUUUCUAGCCAGUGAUAUAGUAUUUCUUUUUUGGAAAAAGGGGAACGACAAUGAACUCAAUAUCGAUCUUACCACGGGCACAAUGUGGAUUUUGAUUCAAGGUCUCCGAUUAUUUUGUCAUUUCACACCAUGGCUACAUAUAAUGGAGACUACUAGUGUCAUAUUGUCUAGACACUGAACAGUAUCUUAUGACAGAAUCACAUAUGGACCUUUUAACAUGAACAAUGUCAAACUGGGGAGAGAUAUUGAGAACAUGGUCCUUUCACCAUGCAUUGACCAACAAUCACUUUCCUGUUGGUUUUUUAUUUCAGAGUGUCAAUGAAAAGAGUGGCACACCUCUCUCCAACCCUAACAUGUUGUUCAUAUGAUAUUGACAAUUGGUCAUUAGAUUGUAAAUUAUAAAGUGGGUUGCAUACUGUAUAUCUAAUUUGUUAAAAUAUUUUUUUGCUAUUGUUUUGAACUUCAAAUGUGCACUUAAUCAUUUUAUUUUAUCUGCAACUACUAAAUAAUAUGAACUAUAAUAAACUAUGUGAUAAGAUUUCUUCGACAGGUGAAUCACAUGAAUGCUGUCAACAAUAUUACCAAGUUUAGAUACCCUAUAGCUAACGGAGUCUCCUGUACCUUCACCGUACAGAGGAUGACGUUUAGUCCCAUGUUAGAACCGUUUGUCUCAUAUCGGAUCAGUGCUUGUGCAUUAACCUUAGUUUACAGGUGAUUCUUUAAAAGAAACUACUGUGAGGAUAUAGCUAGUGUCUUGUUUUAAUUUAUUUUGGGGUUUUCUUGUUUACUCUCUAAAUUGCAAUGUUGAAUGGUGUACAGGUAAUGGGCAUCUGUCAGCCUCUGUCUCGCUGUAAUUUUGCUCAUGUCCAAUUAACAAAAUAGUAUUUCAGCAGGCUAACAGUCACUGCUCUCCCAGCGUUAACAGUCAACAACUGAACUGGCCCAGUCCGACUAUGAUGAUGAAAUUAAAUAGACAUUAAUUGAAUAUUUUGUACUAAUAGCAGCAAAAAAGUAAAUGAAAUGGUGGGUUUAGUCCAGCUAAGGGGUUCAGACUUGAAGAAGAGAAGUUUGAUGAGGUUAUGAACUGCCUGAGCAAUGUGGGCCAUUGUCUCUUCAGAAUGGCACCAACCAUCUGGGACUAUAUCUAACCCUGCCAGGGAAAUAAAUUGUUUACUCAACCAUCUGGGACUUUAUCUAACCCUGCCAGGGGCAUAAAUUGUUUACUCAGCCAUCUGGGACUUUAUCUAACCCUGCCAGGGGCAUAAAUUGUUUACUCAACCAUCUGGGACUUUAUCUAACCCUGCCAGGGGCAUAAAUUGUUUACUCAACCAUCUGGGACUUUAUCUAACCCUACUAGGGGCAUAAAUGGUUUCCUCCUGGUAUUUUAAUGAUCUAAUACAGACCGUAAGAUGCUGCAGUUCAGUCUACUCUUGUCAAGGACAAGCAAUAUCUCCGUGUUGCCAAACAAGACUGUUUUCUAGUUCUUUAUUUUGGGAAUUUAUAAGAUUCAAGAAAAAGACAAAUGUAAAACAUUUCUUCUUGCACACAUUGUUGGCAGUUUUGGUUUGGAAGCAGAACUGCAACCAGAAAUAUUGUAGAUACUGGACCAAGGUAGAAUGACCUUGUAUGUUACUACACUUUGGGCAAUAUUUUCUUUGUACAUAUUAGCAAAAUAGAUUGGGUUUUAUGUUGACAUUGUUUGGUUAUAGUGCGAUAUAUUUUGUAUGCAAGCAGUUUGAAUAAAUAAAGGUGGAUCUUACUCUG